GUUGUCAAUGUCAACCAAUUACAAAAUGGCCGUCUGUUUACAUUUAAGAAAAACCCAUAAUCAAUAAUAACAAUAUAAACUUUAUAUUUGGCAAAAAGAACCAAAGAAAAGCAACUAUAAAUAACAAAUGGGUCGUAGGAAGUCGAAAAGGAAGCCGCCGCCCAAGCGUAAAGCCAUAGAACCGCUGGACAUUCUGUUCAAUUGCCCCUUUUGCAACCACGAGAAGAGUUGCGACGUUAAAAUGGAUAAAGGGAGAAGUACGGCCCGGAUAACGUGCCGGGUUUGCCUAGAAGACUUCCAAACCACCAUAAACUUCUUAUCGGAACCAGUGGACGUUUACAACGAUUGGAUCGAUGCAUGUGAACAAGCCAAUUAGUUUUUAAGCUCACUAUUUUAUUAUUUAAAGCUUAAGUAGGCCCAGGUACGUUUUAUUAUUUAUAAAUGUGCUUUUUUAUGUCACUUCGUAAUAAAAUGAAGCAUUUCACUUUUUAA